AUGAAAGAAAUUUGGAGCUGGUCCUCUCCUAUCCAAAAGCCUGGGAGGGGACCAGCUCCAAAUUUCUUUCAUGACGUUGUCAAUUUCCUUCAACAACAACAACAACAGCAGCAGCAGCAAAGUGCCCCACCUCCUGAUCCUGAGAAGAAAGACGAGGGAAAGGAAGACCCUCCAAAGGAGAACAGUAGCCCAUCUACUGAUGAGCCAACCAAGAAAGAUGGUGCAACAAACAAAAGAGGUCCUUACCAUCCUGGGGUGAUCUGCGAUGGCUGCAGCUUCUCUAUAUAUGGCAAGCGUUUCAAAUGCUGCAUAUGUCCUGACUAUGAUCUUUGCGAGGAUUGUGAGGGAAAGGGACUUCAUACCGACCACGACAUGUUCACAAUUGAUCGUCCAGCUUUCUGUGGAGGAGGGGCAGGAGGGUGGCCAUUUUUCCGUCCCAAUCCCAGCGGUUCUUGGGGUGGUCAAGGUCAAUUAGGACCUUUUGAUUUUAAGUUUUGGACCAAUCCUGGUCGCUUUGGUGGGGGACCAUUUGGAGGACCUUUUGGAUUUGGAUGCUGCCCAGGAGGCCCAUCAACUGGUGGAGGAGCUAAUGGAUGCUGUCCUCCUAAAAACACUGAGCAGCAAAAGCCUACAGAAGACAUGGAGACAUCAGCUACAAGUGCUGAGGACCAGCCUGGUCUUGAAAAAGUGGAAAAGAAAGAAGAAGAGGAGCAGUAAAUUUGAGCUCUGGCUUUUGUGAACACUUUGAAACUUUAACCUUGUAUAACAUUUAACGAUUGUAUUUCAUUUUAUCCAAAAUAAUUAUUUCAAAUUUA